AUGACGAUAGGUGUCGACUUUCUUGUGAAGCGUGUCAACAUUCCUGAGACAAAUGUUGCAGUUGAACUGUACAUUGUUGACUGCGGUGGCUUUUCCGUUUGCCAGGAUGUCUUGAGGCCACAGUGGGAGACAGCAAACGCAAUGAUGCUAGUGUAUGAUGUUGCCAAUCCUGAGAGCUUCAGUCACCUAGAGGAUUGGUAUGCUCAAUUGAAGUACGCCCGAGGCGAGCCGGCCAUUUCAGGUGUCGUAAUCGCGACGAAAACAGAUUUGAUGGAUCGGCCUGGCUGCAUUUCAGUGGAGAAGGCAGCGUCAUUGCCCACGUGGGAUUAUAACAAGCACUGGCUGUGUUUGAGUCCCAUUUGUCAGGCAGUGUUUUCGAUUGUCGUGCUCGUUUGCCAUUUCUGUCUCCCAUUGAACUUCAAGCUGCAGCUGCCGGAGUUUGAAGCUUUGGGCAGUUUCCAUCAAUAUCAAGGCUCCUGA